CUUCAAUUUUGUGUGUGUGUGUGUGUGUGUGUGUGUGUGAGAGAGAGAGAGAGAGAGAAAAUAUCUCAUGUUUGAAAGAGAGGAAAGGAGGAUAACAUACUUUAUUCUUUACGUCAUUUUCUUGCUAAACAUCUUUCUGAUUGGGAAAUCUAAAUUCUUCAGUUUUUGUGGCCUGUUCUCUCAUUAUUCCUUCACAAACUGUGAUUGAUCCAAAGGAAGUGAAGAAUUGCGCUUGCUUUGUCACAGCAUUGUGUUCCGCCCUUUUGUUAUUUUUUGGUACAAAUAUUGGUCUUAUAGUUUAGGUUUACUACCUCGAGACAAUCAGGUAUUUUCAACAUGGGCAAAGCAUCAAGGGAUAAGAGGGAUAUCUACUACCGAAAAGCAAAAGAAGAGGGUUGGCGUGCUCGAAGUGCCUUCAAGCUCCUUCAAAUUGAUGAAGAAUUCAACAUAUUUGAAGGUACUACACUAAUCUUACUAAUGUUGAUUUAUUUCCAUCCUUAAUAUGGCCGGGUAUUAAAUUAUUAGG